CAACCAGAAGAGGCUUUACCAAACAGACAGACCCCCUAUCGGCAAGCUUUCGAGCUAGCUACAACCGCUAGCUACCUACGUUUUCUGAAGAGAUUAAACCAUUCAAAUACCACCAUGUCUUCGAGAACUCUACCCCUGCUGUUCAUCAACCUCGGCGGAGAGAUGCUGUACAUCCUUGACCAGAGGCUCCGAGCUCAGAAUAUCCCCGCUGACAAAGCUAAGAAAGACUCUGCAAUAGCUGGCUGGAUAGACGACGACAGAAGGAGAGUUAUGAAUGACAUCAUCACCACCAUGUUCAACAAAAAGUUCCUAGAAGAGCUUUUCAAGCCACAGGACCUUUACUCCAAAAAGGCCCUGCGGACUGUGUUCGACAGGCUGGCUCAUGCAUCCAUAAUGAGACUCAAUCAAGCUAGCAUGGACAAGCUCUAUGACUUGAUGACCAUGGCAUUCAAGUACCAGGUACUUCUCUGUCCCCGGCCUAAGGACCUCCUCCUCGUCUCCUUCAACCACAUGGAUGCAAUCAAAGACUUUGUGAAAGACACACCCGGCAUUCUCAGCCAGGUUGACGAGACGUACCAACAGCUCAUAGAGAUGUAUACACCCUUGUCUAGUGGGGACUUCCAGCUGAUCAGACAAACUCUCCUUAUCUUCUUCCAAGACAUGCAUAUAAGAGUAUCUAUUUUUCUUAAGGACAAAGUGCAAAACUCCAAUGGCCGCUUUGUGCUUCCCACCAGUGGUCCUGUGCCUCAUGGAACACAAGUCCCUGGUUUGAUAAGGAUGUUUAGCUGUACUGGUGAAGAAUUGACCAGGCUGCAAUUCAGUAAUGGAGGAAACUAUACCGCUGCUCUUCGGGAGGGAUCUUUCGAGAUAUUUGGAGACAGGGUCACCAAACUAGGCACAAACAUGUACAGUGUAAGCCGCCCAGUGGAAACCCACAUGUCAGGAACAUCUAAAAAUUCUGCUCAGCACACUAAGGUCAACACUGCUCCCAACCCUCUGGCCAAAGAGGAGCUAAAUCUGUUGGCCAAGUUAAUGGGUGGGUUAGAAGUUCAGAAACCAGGAAAUGCAGACAGCGGCUUCCGAGUCAACCUCUUUGCCACCGAUGAGGAAGAAGAAGAGGCAUUAAUAUCAAGACCAGAUGAGCUUUCAUAUGGAGUCAUAAAAAUCCAGGCAACAAAGGACCAGCAAGCCAAUGCAGAGCUGGCCAAGAUCAUGGGAGAGUUCACAGAGUCUGGAGAUCAAUCUCCCAGUGCCAGCAGCAAAGGAGACGACCUUCUGGCCAUGAUGGAUGGUCUGUGACAUGGUCACCCAGAAAUGCCCCUAGGGGGGUGGGGCACAAUUCAUCGUCAACAGUCUGUUCUACUGUAGACCAGUCUGCUCUCUGCACCUGCAAAUACACUGCAGCAACCUCACAUGCAGCCAGAGAAACUUCUUUGGGUGCUUUUAAAAUGCAGAUGUGAGCAGGUGUUUCCUUUUGGUUUUCAAAUGACGAAUUGCAGAUUUGCAUAGUUAACAACUAAGAAUGUGGUGAACCAAACCUUAAGCUGCAGUACACUGUAAUAGUUGGUUUGCUGUAAACUGAAAAAGAGUUUCAGUGCAUUAACACAUACAGUAGGCCUAUAUCAGUGCGAUGAACAUGUGUAUGUGGUAAUAGUGAAACAUCUGUUUAUGUAAGGUCAAGAUGUUUCAUUUUUAAAAAUCUGAGUCAGGCUGUGCUGCGGUACACAAAAUACACAAUCCUUUAAUUUCACACAAUGUCCUUUAUUUUAAAUGUCAAUAAUACUUCAAGGUUUUAGAUUUUUUAGGUGUAUAGUCCAUAACUCCAUGUUUGUUUAUUACGGUAAAGAGUAUGAAGAGAGGGUAUUCUAAUGAACAAAUGAUUGAAUGAUAUUGUUGGGGAAUCAAAGGAAACCCAAGUGCUCUUUCUAAUGUGAUUUCAAAUGCCCUCAAAUGUUUAUUUUGGUAAGAAAUAUGUUUAUCUUGCAUUAAGACAUUUUACACUACCCUUUGAUUUCUCUGAAUGUUGACCUGUGGACCAGAGAUGUGCUCAUUGAUGAGUAUGUUAUUAAAAUUUAGAAUAAUGCAAUAUAAGUAAUUGUCGAAUAUGUAAAUAUGUAUAUUUAAUACUUUAUUUAUUUGAAUGUAUCAUUUUCUGUGUAUAGGGAAAUGCAUAUUGCUGCAAUUGUUUAAUGUGCAAUGUAGGAUUUUUAAUAAAUAGUUGGAGAAAAAACGUA